AUGAGAAAUUACACAACAGUAACAGAUUUUAUUCUUCUUGGACUGACAAAUGACCCACAGUGGCAGGUUGUACUUUUCAUAUUUCUUCUUGUUACCUACAUUCUAAGUGUGACUGGGAACCUGAUCAUUAUCACCCUCACCCUUUCUGAUGCCCAUCUGCAGACUCCAAUGUAUUUCUUCCUUCGAAACUUCUCAUUCCUAGAAAUAUCGUUCACAUCUGUCUGCAUUCCCAGAUUCCUUGUCACUAUCACAACAGGAGACAGAACCAUUUCCUUUAGCGGUUGUGUGGCUCAGCUGUUUUUCUUCGUUUUAUUGGGGGUGACAGAAUUUUACCUUCUAGCUGCCAUGUCCUAUGACCGUUAUGUGGCCAUCUGCAAACCUCUGCAUUACAGGACCAUCAUGAGCAGCAGAGUCUGUCUUCUUCUUGUCUUUAGUUCAUGGCUUGCAGGAUUCCUGAUCAUCUUUCCUCCAAUAGUCCUGCUGCUGCAGUUGGAUUUUUGUGCCUCCAAUGUAAUCGAUCACUUUAUCUGUGACUCUUCUCCAAUUCUGCAGCUUUCUUGCACAAACACUCGCUUUCUAGAACUCAUGGCAUUUUUCUUAGCUGUGGUGACACUUAUGGUCACAUUAACACUAAUAAUUCUCUCUUACACAUGUAUUGUCUGGACAGUUCUGAGAAUUCCUUCCUCGAGUCAAAGGAAAAAAGCCUUUUCCACUUGUUCCUCCCACAUGAUAGUCGUCUCCCUCUCUUACGGCAGCUGCAUCUUCAUGUACAUUAAGCCUUCAGCAAGGGAAAGAGUGACUUUAAGCAAAGGAGUAGCUGUGCUCAAUACCUCAGUGGCUCCUCUCUUGAAUCCUUUCAUAUAUACACUGAGAAAUCAGCAAGUGAAGCUAGCCUUUAAGAACAUGGUCCAGAGAAUGAACUUUUCUUCAAAUAAAUGA